AGUCGGCCGCGGAGCGCGCGUGGAAGAGGUGGGUAGGCCGGCGUGGAUCGUUCCGGGGUGUGAGGUGUCGCGAUGGGGCACUGGUUGGAUGUGAAGUGCUGUGUUUGAGUGUUUUGGUGUCGGCGUUAUCAAGUGAGGGAUAGUGAAGCGAAAACACGGUGGAAUUACCCGAGCAUGACGCAGAACAAUUAGCAACAAAACCGGAGCGAACGAACGAAUUGUGUGGACACCAACGACUUGAAUAACAUGUAACAGCGGCUCAAAAAUUAUGGACAUCACUACUGUGACCCAAAUUGAGCAGUGAACACGCCGUGUCUCCUGUGUCGCGUCCUCUGACCCGCGGUGACCGGUGACCGGUCAGCGAUGGAGGAGGUGCCGGUACGCCGCCGUCCGCCGCUGGGACGCCGCAUCAGCCGCCGGCUGUCUCUGGUGGUUCGUGUGCCCUCCCUGCUGGCCACACGGGCCCUGAGUCGCUCACGGGAGUCCAUCAGUGUGCUGCCUGCGCCGGUUGUUACCACCAGAGCGUUCCAGGUCACCGUCCAACUGCCCGGAGGAGCACAACGCACGCUGCUCGGCGACACGGGCCAGUUAGUGCGCGGCCUGGUGCGUCACCUGGUCCGCGAGCUGCGUCUGGUCGAGCCUCUGUACCGUCUGGCCGACUCUCUUGCCGAGGUGGAUCCAGAGGCGGAGGCGUCGCUGCUGGAGCGGGAGACACUGCUGCUGGAGGAGGGCCGCCUGGAGCACCACCCGCGGGCAGCGACUGACGCCCGGUACCGUCUGACCGAGUGUCUGCUGGCCGGUGAGCGGCGCUACCUGGCCUCAGUGCGCUCGCUGGAGCACGUAUACGGCACCCCGCUGCGAAAACUGAGCUCCAUCAGUGCUGAGGAACACCGGCAACUCUUCACCGGUAUACAGCCCGUGUGCUCCGUCAGCGCCAUGCUAAUCAGCAAGCUGGAGAGUACCCUGGACACGUGGGACUCCGAGACAACUCGAGUCGGUGGUUUGUUCUCGAAGCAGCUUAUCCACCAGUACGAAGAAUACCUCAAGUUCCACCAAACCGCCAGACGGCUAUAUCGGCAGAAGCAGGCGACAGACGAGGAGUUUGUAGAGUUCUGCAGGCUGAGGAGAGGAGCUGCCAAACACACGCUGGAUGCCCUUCUGCUCUUACCGGUUCAGCGGCUGGCUCAGUAUGAGCGCUACUUCCAAGACUUGCUGGCCGAAACUCCGAGCGACCACCCUGAUGCUGACGACCUGAGUCGCGUCCGCGGACGCGUGAAGCAGCUGCUGUCAACCCCUGGUAACGGUCAGUCGGAGCUCGAACGUGUCCAGGAGCUGUUCCCAUCGGACGACCUCGGUCUAUUCUGCCGCGACCCUUCGUCUCAGAGGAUGAAGGGCUUGAUCCGGAAGCGGUCUGCGCCGACGAGCCGACUACAGCGCGCGCUCUCGGCCAAGGCGCAGCGCCCCUCGUCGGCCGAACGGUCUCCCGCCGGUACCGACGACGACAAGGAGAACAGCGAGCCGCCGGGUGACGUCACCGACGCGCCAACGCGCCGCCAGUUCGUCAUGGAGACCGCCGUCCAGUUCACCGUGGGCGCGCAGUCGCAGGACCGGCACCUGUUUCUCUUCACCGACAUGCUGCUGGUGGCCAAGGCGCGCUCCGGCGGCAACUUCAAGCUGAAGGAGAAGGUGCGCCUGUCGGAGAUGUGGCUGGCCGGCUGUUUGGACGACGUAGCCGAGGUGGCCAAGGACCCGGCCACCUCCUUCGUCAUCGGCUGGCCCACUACUAACGUCGUUGUCACCUUCAGUGGCCCGGCGCGCGACCUCUGGUACAACAAGCUCAGCCAACUGAUUGCCGCAGAGAGGGAGCACGAGGCCAAGGCGACGGCGAUCCACGUGCUGUACCGCGACCCGGGCAGUAACUCUGACCUGGGUAAGACGGUGACGGCCGGCUCGUCGGCCACUGCUCGCGACUGUGUGCGCAGCGCGCUGUCCUCGCUGGACCUACCGUCGGCCGUGGCUGCCGAGUACCAGCUGUGGGCGCGGCCGGCCGCCGACGAGCCCCCGUACCCGCUCAUCGGCCACGAGCUGCCGGCCGCCAUCCAGCUGCACGCGCUGCGAGAGGCGGCUGCCGAGGAGAGGGCGGAGAUGGACCACUGCAAUAACAUCUACAGCACCAGCCCGACGGCCGGCUGCCAGUUCAUACUCAGGCCGGUGCGGUCCGACCUCCGCGCCCUCUCACCCUCACCGGACCCCGCCAAGAAGAAGAAGCUCUCCAAGAAGUCCCCGAUCCGCAUCCACAACGUGUUCCGGCGCACCAACAGCAAGCCGGACUGCGUGGACGCUCCUUUCAGCGUGUGCGGCUCGCCGAUGCUGUUCGGUCAGCCUCUGAGCACGCUCUGCCAAAACGACACCCUGCCGCCGCCUGUCCUGGCUAUGCUCGUUCAGCUCUUCAGGAAGGGCCCGUACACCGUGGGUAUUUUUCGCAAGUCUGCCAACGCCAGGGUUGUGAAGGAAAUCAAGGAGAAACUCGACAGCGGAUUGGAGGUGGACAUGGAAUCGGUGAAUAUUUACGCGGUAGCCGGUCUGACCAAGGAUUUCCUGCGCUCGCUACCCGACCCUCUGCUCGGCUCUGAGCUUUACGACGAGUGGAGAGAGGUGGCCGACAUUGAGGACGAGCACGACAAAAUCAUCCGCAUCAGAGAGCUGUGCUCGCGGCUACCGGCAGCCAACGUGACUCUGCUGUGCCAUUUCCUCUGCGUGCUGCACCACGUGGCGCGCCGUAGUCACCACAACCUGAUGUCAGCCGCUAACGUUGCCGUCUGCGUGGGGCCCUCGCUGCUAACUCCGGCCUGCCCCACGCAGGCGCUGGCCUCCGACAGCGCCAAGAGGCUGCCGGCCGUCGUGGCGCUGCUCAUUGAGCGCUGUGACGCCAUUUUCGGCAGCGAGUGCCUCCGCCUGCUGGGUCCUCCACCGGGACGGGCGGCGCGCACAGACAGUGGAGAGGACUCGGACGGACUGGCCAGUGGUGGUGGUGUGCGCCGGGACGACUCCUCCAUCGACAGCCUGGAGCGCGAGCUGCUGGGAGAAAACGAGCCCCUCCCGCGCAAGGACAAGAUGGCCGUGACGAACCUGAGCCGCGACUCGGGUCUGACGCUCUCAGACACUCAGCUGUACGCGCUGGACGAUGAGGAGGAAUCAGCCAGCACCUCGUCCGGUCAGAGUGUGGAGAAGAGCGAGCACAGCGCGUGCUCGAGCGGCCGCGGCUCGGACAACAGCUACCGACACCGGCCGGUAGACGGCAGCACCAUCUACGCGUCCCCGCGCCGGCCGAGCGUGUCCCGCGAGAGCCCCGAGGCGGUGUACGCCCGGCCGCCGCCGCCGCGCCACACGCCGUCCAACUUUAAACGGCAGGAUUGGACGCGGCAGCACCACCCGGCGCGGCGAUCAGGAAGGCCCGGCUUCGACCCUAAGAGCUCUCUGCGCCGCAGUGCCUCCGAGGAGAGCCUGGUGAAGAUGUGCGGGCCGCGCGAGCCGGCGCGGCCGACACCGGAGCCGGAGUCUCGCCCGUCGCCGUCCCGCUCCCCGCCGAUGGUGAGGUCUCGAUCGGCCCACCACCUGGCACAGCGGCGGGACGCGCGCCUGGCCCCGGCGCCGCCUCGGGACACCCCGCCGGCGCCGUCCUCCGCCUGGGCCCGCAGCCGCUCGACGCCGCACAUUGACGACGCUGACCGGUCUUACGACUCGUCGACUUUGUCUGACGACGACUCGACGCCGCACGUUUCCCGCUCCAACUCGCGAAGCAAGGACUGCUCGCUGGCUAACGACCUCUGGGAGCGGACGUACGGCGCUGUCGAGUCUCGCGCUGACCCUCGGGCAGACGCGAGGUUCGUCCGAGGCAGCAGCGUCAGUUCGUCUCGGAGCGGGAGUUGCGUGGAGACGCCGCCCAGUUACGAUGCUACGCUGAGCCGCCGGCAGCGACUGACACCCUCUAACGGCCGGUCUGCCAUCUACGCGCUGCCCGAACAGGUGCUGCGGGAGCAGACCAUCCUCUCCAACCGCGCUAAGCAGCUGUAUGAGGAGAGUCUGCGGAUCUACGCGCAGCAGACGGCGGCGCCGGAGAUGGUGUAUGCCUCUCCUGUACGGACUGUCUCCGGCGGGGGCGGUCCGGCGCCGCCGCUGCCGCCCAAACAGCGCUCGCCGACGCGACGACCCGACACCGGCCGGAGGGGACCGGACCAGCCGUCGACUCGGACCGUCAUUCAGAUCGGUGACUCCGACUCGACUGCUCCGCGCGCGUGCAGACCGCAGCGGCGGGCGUCCCGGCGUGAGGCGGAGACUCAGACUGAGGUGGAUAGUCGCGCGGAGCCGGAGGAGCGGCGCCGCCGACCGCACGUUACCCUGGUGGAGAUCGAGGCGACUCCGCGCUGCCCGCGGCCGGGUGACGCCGCGGAGUCCUGGGCCGACGCCGACGUGGGCUGGUCCGUGUCGCGUCUCCGUGAACUGUUCAGCGGUGACGGCUCGAGCGGCGAGCAGGCGCGCUACCGCCACCCGCCGCUGCGCAGAGCGGGCGGCUCCGGCGGCUCGGGCUCCUCCUCUCCGGGGGAUAUUUACGCCUCGCUGCCGCCGCCGCGGCUGGCGCCCCUCGGCAGGACGGUGUCGGCGGCCAGCUCAAACGACGGGGAAGAGUCGUACGUGUGACGGGGUGACUGGUGCCGCCACCCGCGGGCACAAUCUAAGUCAGAGAGGUGCCUGUGACCCGCGGGCGGCUGUGUCUGUGACUAUGUGUGCCGACUGUGUGUUAUGACCGUUGUUAUUUGGCCGUGUGACGAAUUGUGUGCCUGUGACCGCCCGGAGUGAGCAUCCUCCACGGCGUCUGUAUUUUUCACGGCCAAUCAUCGUCAAUGGUUCCCAUCUGUGUAUUGACAGUGUAUGUGUAAAUACUUGCGCUUGCUAAUACUCUUCAUGUCCUUUAACGGUGCUCAAGUGACAGGCUGGACUUGCUCGUCCGAGACGGCACCGCAAGUCCGUCAUAUGAGAUAUGCGGACUUCAUUUUACGUGUUUUAAGUGACAAUCGUUACUUCGCUGUGUGUCGCGACUUUCAACAGGAUCCGUUACAUGAACGUAUGCGCGUGUGUUCUCUUUACUAUAUGCAUUGAGAUGAAUUAUGUUAUAUGUGAUGGAAUACAAAGAAAGAACAUUAA